CGCCCCCCGCGGGCGGGGCGGGGCGGCGGCGGCCCGGCGCGGGGGGCGCGCGCCAGGGCGGCGGGCACAGCCAUGGCGGCGGCGGCCGAGCGGAGCCGCCUCAGCUUCCCCGGCGGCGCCGGGGCCCUGGGGCGGCCCGUGCCUAUGAACCUCUUCGCCACCUGGGAGAUCGACGGCUCCAGCCCCAGCUGCGUGCCCAGGUUGUGCAGCUUGACAUUAAAGAAACUGGUAGUCUUAAAGGAAUUGGACAAGGAGCUUAUUUCCGGGGUCAUUGCUGUCAAAAUGCAGGGCUCCAAGCGCAUCCUACGCUCCCACGAGAUCGUGUUGCCCCCGAGUGGACACGUGGAGACGGAGCUGGCUCUGACCUUCUCGCUGCAGUACCCUCACUUCUUGAAGAGAGAAGGCAACAAGCUCCAGAUCAUGCUGCAGCGGCGGAAGCGCUACAAGAACCGAACCAUUUUGGGCUACAAGACCCUGGCUGUGGGAUGCAUCAACAUGGCUGAGGUCAUGCAGCACCCUACAGAAGGUGGCCAGGUUCUGAGCCUUUUCAGCAACAUCAAAGAGGCUCCAGUGAAGGUGGCAGAAAUCUGGAUCUUCUCCUUGUCAAGUCAGCCAAUCGACCAUGAAGACAGCACUAUGCAGGCCAGCCAGAAAAUCAAGUCUACAGACAACUAUUCCGAGGAAGAGUACGAGAGCUUCUCUUCUGAGCAGGAGGCCAGUGAUGAUGCCGUGCAGGGCCAGGAUUUGGAUGAUGAUGAGUACGAGAUGGGGAAGCCCAAGAAGCAGCGGAGAUCGAUAGUAAGAACGACGUCCAUAACCAGGCAACAAAACUUCAAGCAGAAGGUUGUGGCAUUGCUGAAGAGGUUUAAAGUGUCUGAUGAGGUUCUGGAUUCAGAGCAGGACCCAGCAGAGCACGUUCCAGAGGUGGAGGAGGAUUUGGACCUUCUGUAUGACACUCUGGAUAUAGAGAAUCCCAGUGACAGUGGGCCAGAAAUGGAGGAUGAUGACAGUGUCUUGAGCACUCCAAAGCCAAAGUUAAAACCUUACUUUGAAGGACUGUCACACUCCAGCUCUCAGACAGAAAUUGGUAGCAUCCACAGCAUCAGGAGCCAGAGAGAGCCACCAAGUCCUCAGGUAGAAGUGCCUGAAAAGACAAAGAGUCUUGGAACCAAACAUGCAGGCGACAGUGUUUCUGACACCGUCCCUUAUGAGUCUAACCAGCAAGCUGAGGUCCAGGAGGCUGAACUCCCCACUCCAGAUGUGUUUGUGGAGAAGCUCCCACCCAGUGGGAAGAUCACAAAGACGGAGUCCCUCAUCAUCCCAUCCACCAGCAGGUCUGAAGGGAAGCAGACGGGGCGCCGGGGCAGAAGCACAUCCCUGAAGGAGCGGCAGCCGGUGAGGCCGCAGAACGAGCGAGCCAACAGCCUGGACAACGAGCGCUCCCCAGACACCCGGCACCACCUGCAGAUCCCCAGGAAAACAGUGUACGAUCAGCUGAAUCACAUCCUGGUUUCUGACGACCAGCUGCCAGAAAACAUUAUUCUAGUCAAUACAUCUGACUGGCAAGGCCAGUACCUUUCAGAUGUCUUGCAAAAGCACACCUUGCCAGUGGUCUGCACAUGUUCCUCUGCUGAUAUUCAGGCAGCUUUCAGCACAAUUGUCUCCAGGAUACAGAGAUACUGUAACUGCAAUUCACAGCCUCCAAACCCAAUUAAAAUUGCAGUGGCAGGAGCCCAGAAUUACCUCAGUGCUGUGUUGAGGCUCUUUGUAGAGCAGCUGUCUCACAAAACCCCCGACUGGCUCGGCUACAUGAAAUUUCUGAUCAUCCCUCUAGGCUCUCAUCCAGUGGCCAAGUAUCUGGGGUCUGUAGAUUAUAGAUACAACAACUUCUUCCAAGAUCUAGCCUGGAGAGAUCUGUUCAACAAGCUUGAAGCACAGACCACUGUUUCAGAGGCGCCCGACGUCGUGUCCCGGAUAACACAGUACAUUGCAGGGGCAAACUGUGCUCACCAGCUGCCCAUUGCUGAAGCCAUGCUGACCUACAAACAGAAGAGGAAAAAGAGCUUUCAUUUUGAUUUUACCAUAAGGGCCGCUGCUCGGGGACGCGCAAGCCGUGGCUCCAAGGGGGGACGCCGGGAGGCCGCGGGCAGAGCGCCUCGCGUUCUAGUAAGUAACAACACCCGGGGCUCUGUGUUGUGGUGGCACAGAUCAUUUCCUCGCACUAGGAGGCCGUGUGUCUGUGGUGACUGCCGUGCCAUCCAAGCAUGUUUCUCUGUGGAGCACGAGGGAGGGAGGAAGAGCCUUUCCCCCCAGAGACUGCUGCAGGCUGUGCUCCUCCCGCCCGCAGGCUCCUGGUGCUGGCAGGGGGCCUCGAAGGAGCCUUGGACUGGCGCUUGCAUCCUGUCCGUCCCUGCUGCAUGCUGGAAUGCGACCCAUGGAGUGAGUAUGGUGCCGGGGUGGAGGCAAGCCGCUAACAACUCUCUUCUCUUUGCCUUUAGCCCCGACGAAGAAUCUUCACAGAAGUUCAUUCCCUUUGUCGGGGUGGUGAAGGUUGGAAUAGUGGAACAAUCUUCUGCAACAUCAGGUGACUCUGAUGACGCAGCUCCCUCAAGUUCCGUUGUCCUUUCUUCCACCCCGCCUUCCGUGUCUCCUGCUGUGAAAGAAGCCUCCCCCACGCCCCCUUCCUCACCAUCUGUUACAGGCAGCUUCUCCCCAAGCCAGGGCCUCGGUGCUGAGUUGAUGGGCCUGCAGGUGGAUUACUGGAUUGCAGCUCCACCCGUGGACAGGAAGAGAGACCCAGAGAAGAAGGACCCCUCCACCACCAAAAACACACUGAAAUGCACUUUCCGGUCCCUGCAGGUCAGCAGGCUACCUGCCAGCGGCGAGAUCGCCACCACGCCAACCAUGUCCAUGACUGUUGUGACAAAAGAAAAGAACAAGAAGGUGAUGUUUUUGCCCAAGAAAACAAAGGACAAGGAGGUUGAGUCAAAGAGCCAGUGUAUUGAAGGAAUCAGCAGGCUGAUUUGCACAGCGAAACAUCAGCAGAACAUGCUGCGUGUCCUGAUCGAUGGGGUGGAGUGGAACGAUGUCAAGUUCUUUCAGCUGGCAGCACAGUGGUCCUCUCAUGUCAAGCACUUUCCCAUCUGCAUAUUUGGACACUCCAAAUCUAACUUCUAGCUGUGCUCGGCGCAGGGACCUUCUGCCCAUCCCGAGGACUGCACACCAGGAGCCAGGACCUGCGUGCCAACUCUGACUCGCGUCGCUCUGCCCUCUCCUGCAGAAUUAAUUACAGAUGUGCUUGGAUUACUUUUGAAUUACUUUUUUCUAUUAACUCUUAAAUUUACUACAGAGGAAGGAAACCCCUUUAAACAAAGGCAAAAAAAAAGCGCCAACCAACAAACCAGUCUUAAAUAUAGAUGUGCUGACAACGUGAAGUCGUGGGGGAGUUGGCAGGAGCAGGCAACCUGCCCAAGAACACCUACCACUUACGAGCAGAUAGCUGAGUAACUGCACUGCUUAUUAACCUGAGACCUCAUUGGUGUGAGUGGGCUGGGGGAGCCCUGGAUCAGCUCGAACAGAUUUUGCAGAAGAUCAUGUGUGUUACUGUGCGUUUGGCCCCCGCUCUGUAUUUCUAGGAGAAAAGGAUGGCCAGUCUUUCUUCCUGCUGCCAAAGGAUGAGAGAUCAGCGAGUCUGGAGGGAGUUCAACUGUCUGGUGUGGAAAACAAACUUGCAGAGUUAGGGAGGUCUGGAGAGGAGAUCCCCUUGGAGCGUGGAGCCUGCCACAGGGACAGGCAGGUGUUGGUGCUGAAGCGAUGCCUGAGGAGGGUUGGGCAGGAACAGGAAUUAGGGAAACACUAAGUGUAAGGAAAUGCCCGUGUGCCAGGUCUUUGACAAUGACCAAACCUGGCCACUCUGUGUUCUCCAGCUGGCUGUGCUGCUGAGGGGCACCACGUCAGUGGGGUCGCUGCUAUUUACAUACUCACACCAAUUAUUUACCUGUCAAUAAAACCUCGUCCAGCCUCGAAAGGGAAAGGAUUUUUUUCAACAGCUGCAGAUUUUUUUAAUGCUUUCUAAAAAAAAUAAAAUAAAAUAAAAACAAAAAGUAACAGGAAAAAUAUUAAUUUGCCAAAAAAACCCCCACAAACCCAGGAAGAUGAGCCGUUGUCUGUGGAGUGAUGCAUCACUGUAGUGGCUGGACUGGGAGCCAGCCAGGCACUCUGCGUGUCCAGCUGCCUUCCUGCCCACGUGUCACACUGCACACCUGAGGUGGCACGGGCUGCUCUGUCAGGUGGUGGGUGGGAUAUUGGGAGCACGGUGUUGUUGCCAUGUGGAAGAGCAGACAUUUCUGGCAUUUCAGGGUAAGGGACUGAAAUUUCUGGUGGGCCCUUUUUGGUCCCCCCUUGUGGGCAGGCCAGGCUCUGUGAGCAUUUUCAGAAGGCACAUUCUGAGGGCAGUGAUGCUUUUCAGCUGUUUUCUUUUUUUUUUUUUUCCCUGAUCCCUUACCCUUGGGUUUCCAAAGGCUUGGGGAACUGCUUUGUGCUGCACAGCAGGUCCUGCUCUGCGUGGGGACCAGCCGGGUCCCCAGGGCAGGUGCUGGUGGUGUGCUCUGCUGGCAGGGAGGUUCUGAGGUGAGAGCUGCAUCUUGUGCCUGUCACAGCUUGGGCUGCUUCACCAGCUGAUGUUGUGAAACCCUUUCCCAGCACAAGGGCACCCUACGUGGCCAGGGACUGGGUAUUCCCUUCAAACCACACAGGGAGGAGGACACUGUCCCUGGCCUGGUGGCACGCUGCUGGGCAGGACACACGUCUAGCUGCAAUUCUUUGUUCUUCCUGCCUUGGGCUGGCUCCUGGCUGUGGCAGAAGCUGGGCUGUAGGGGGAUGUUGUUGUGUCCCUCAGCUGAUGUUUUCAGGUGACCUGAGCUGAUACUCUGGGGCUGUACAGCGUUGCCUAGCAGCAGCAGCGUGGGAGAGGGUGUAUGAGCACAUCGCAUCUUUAUUGAGGCUGUUGUAUCAAAAAAAAAGCUUUGUAAAGGAGAUUAGUCAGUGUGUGAUUUCUCCCUCGAAUCUCACGCUGGUGGGACAAGGGUGGUUGGGCUGGGUUCCAGCUGUGUGCAGCCUGGGCAGCUCUGGUGGUGCUGCUGCAGAGGUGGGUUGGAUUGACCGACUGCAAUAACUUUGUUUACUGGGGGGUGAGGGGAGAACCAUCACUGUGCUCCUCUUUGUAUUUCAACCUACUGUAAAGAAAAAAUGUGGUAGCUAGGACAGGGUUUCCAGAGUCCUGCCUAUCAAAUGUGUGUUGCCCUGCUGUACUCUGUGUGUGUGUGUGUGUGUGUGUGUGUACGUGUGAGAGAAACACUUCUGCUCGUUGCAUUUCAUGUUGGUUUGUGUUUUGUUCUAACUUUAUACAAGCAAAUUCAUCGGGAGACUCUCUGUACACCUGAGAGCUUGAUUUCCCCUGUGUGGAAAGCUGUUGUUGCUCUGCACAGCGUCUUCCAUGCAAGAAAACAUCCCAGCUCCUCAGCCUUGUUAUCCCAAAGGGAGUCCAGCAGAGGCAGGCUGGGUCUGCCUGUGGGCAGCUGUGUGCCAUGGGGUGCUGUGGUGUUUCCUGGCCCUGGAGGCAAGGGCUGGCAUGCAAAUUUGGUGGCACAGCUCUGAUCAGGUUGUUGUGCCUCUGUUGUUUCUCCUGUGGAGCCACUUUGUGCAGCUGUUUCUUUCCCUGUCUGGAGUAGAAGCAGAUUUUUGUCUCUUAAGAAAAAUGAGUGUCAAAGCACAUGGCUGCUUUGGGAAGGAGCUUUAGGUCUGGUCCCAUGAAUGAGUGACUGAUCUCAGGUUUCCCAACUUCCCCACAGUUUCUAGGGAAGUUUCUUGCCAGGAGUGAGCUCCACUGACUUGAAGGAUCACCAGUGUGGGAUGAGGAAAAGUUUCUGGGGCAGCAGAGGGCCUGUGCCUGCAGAGCCAGCCUGUGGGGUUGGGUGGUCAUGGCCAUGUCUGCGAGUGUGGAAGGAUGGCUUAGAGCAGAGACAACACUGCUCUGUGUUCAGCUCUGGAGAGUUUGGGCAGGGAAGGUACAUUUCAAAUGAAGAAACUCAGGGGGGCUAUCUCCCUCAUGCUUGCUUUGGAGCUGUGUGGUCUGACAGCAGAGGCAGGGCCUGGGGUGGGCAGCACCUGAGUGGAUCUCCAGCCAGGACGUGCUUUGAAGGUGGUGUCUCCCCUGGUGUGUCCCUUUCUCUGUUUCCCAGAGCUCACCCCAGCCCCCCCGAGGGCCGGUCUCUCCUGCCCCUCUGGCUGUGGCUUCUCAGAGCUCUGGUUUCCUUCCCAGCUGCUGUGGGCAAGGCCCCCGGCUGGCUGGGGGUGAGCUCUGCGAGCGGCUGGCUCCGCGCUGAGCUGACCUAGUUUAGCAGCUCCGGAGAGCAGAUGAAAGAUGGAAGGGGUUUGUGGCAUCGUGUUGCACCCUGAGUGCUUCCUGGUCCUCUGGCUUGAGUUUCCUGGAGACAAAGGCUGGGCUUCAGCCCUGCCAGCGCUCAGGCUGGCUCUGCUGUGGCGCUGCUGGUGUCAGGGACAUCUUGUGUGGCUGUUCCAGCUCCGUGCUGCAGUUCCCAUUCUGUUCAAUUGUCACUUUGCAUCGCAGUGGUGACUUCAGAGCCCUCCUGAAUUACACAUGAGUUGGGGAGAGACGUGGUCUCUUUGGCUAUGUUUUGCUGCUUUAGUUAGAACACAAGAUAAAGCUUGUGGCUUUAUCCUGCAGAGAGGGCAGGAGUAGGUGGCUGGCAGGUUUCUGGGGCUGAGGAGAUGUGCCUGUUUGCUUUCCAUCAUCACACUCAGCCAGGAACCACACUGCCCUGUGCUUAACCUGUGAUUGCAGCAAAGGCCCUGUCGUGUUUCUCACCAGCAGCGUGUGCUGGCGGGAGCACUGGCGAGCCAGGGCAGAGGAUGUUGCAUCUGGAGUCUCCAAAGUUAAGAGGGAAAUCAUGUCAAGAGGCAGCAGAACCGGUGGUCUUUUCCUGCUACUUGGUGUGCUAAGGGAUUGGGAAGCUGGGAUUAGGACAGUGGGGCCAUGCAGCUGUUAAGGGCUUGGGGCCCUGGAGCUUUCUGGAAGUUAGGUUGGAUGGGUCCCCUUCAUCUGGGGGGUCUUGAUUUCAGCAGAUAUUUGAGUAGUGGCAUUUUAAUGUAACACGCCCUCUGGGCUUAACCUGGCAGGAGAAGGCCAGAAAUGAGCAGCAGCAUCUCCUGGAGGUUUCCUGGAGCCUCUUCAAUGGUAUUCUCAUGGGAGAUGUUCCUGGCAGGGCUGGCUCCUGCAGGAAGGAUCACUCUGGUGCUUUGGGACAUACUGGGGCAGAACGGCACGUGCCAUCUUGUAAAGCAGCAGGUUGCUGGUUUCUUUAAGGAAGAGCACUGUUCUGGGGCCACAUCCAGUCAGCUGCUGGCUGCAGCCGUGGCUGGGCAGUGGCCGGAGCAUGGCCAGCCUGGCUGUGGACGUGCCCCAGCUGUGGGGAAGCGCCUCAAUUCUGGGGCUGCGUGCCACCAGGCUUGUCCAGACUGCGCCGUGAGAGGGGACGUUACCACUUUGUAGAUUCCCGAGCUGUCCAUCUGUUUCAUUGUUGUAUUGUUUGGGUUCUAGGGUUGUUUUUUAUGAAGACAGAUUAAAUGUAAAUAGCCUUUUUUUUGGAACAAGCUGCAACGUGCUCGACCUCGUCAACUAUUUUAUGGUACUAAUGCAACACUAAUAAAACUGGACAUGAAAGCACA